UUCAAGAGGGAAGGGAAUUUAGGGAAUUUUGAUGGAGAGAAGGGAAUUAUACAGGGAAUUUAGGGAUGGUAGAAGAUUUGGUUAGGGAGAUAAAGCAAAUUUGUUUUGAAGGUGUUUGAAGCUGUAAUUGGUAUGAUGGAAUUUUAUGUUAAUCGGAUAUUAGCUAGAGAAGUUCUGGAAUUUUGUAUAAGGCAGUUUAGAGAUCAAUUACAUUUGUUUGUUCAGUUUUUACCUAAAAGCAUUCUAAAUGUAUCGUUUAAUUAUUUUUCUUCUUAUUUCCAAUAUGUUAUCAUUAUUUUUUAUUAAUAGUUAUCUGUAGCCUCCAAAAUAUUAAAUAUUUUAUCAUACCUACCUCAUAUACUAAAAUACCGAUCUGUAGCUUUAGAAAUUCUGAUAGAGUCUCUAACAAAAUUGACUCCCAAAUAUAAAUUUCCAAAUG